AUGAAUAGUAAUAAAAUAGACAAAGAAAAUAUAUUUAAAAUCUUAACAUAACUCAAAAGAGAAAGUAAGAAAUUUAAAUAUGAACAAGACUCAAUAAAAAAUAAAUCAAAAUCUACUUCUUCAUUUUCACUAUAUAAUAUUAAUGAUUAAUAAUUUUGGGAUGACCAAUAAGAAAUGAAUUAUACAGAAUAAACUCAAUUAAAUUCUUAGUAAAGCUUUCUAUAAGUUGAUUCAAAAAUAACCAAUAUUGAAGAACAUAAUUAUCCUUUAAUGUUAAAAUAUGCUUAUUAUUAUCUUAAAUGGGUAUAUAUGAUAUAAUGUGGAAUUAAAUCUGAAGAAUAAAUAGAUGAACUCAUAGAAUCAAAUGAUAUAUCAUAAUAUUAUCUUACAAGAGAAAUUUAGAAGAAAGCACAAUGUAAACAUUUAGCUUUCAAUAAAAAUGAUACUCUUAUAGCAAUUACAUAAAAUAAUGAAAUUGAAAUUUUAAAAUUUAAUAGUGAAAUUACAGAUAAAAUUGCAUAACUAAAAGGUCAUGUGAAUGAUGUAAAUUGUUUAUUAUUCUCUAAAAAUCAAAUUCUUUAGUUUCAGCAGGAGAAUAGAUUUUUAUGUGGGUAGAAUCAUCUUAUGAUAAAUGGGAAACCAGAUUUAAUAUUUAUGCAAAUAGCCCUAUAAAUUGUAUGACAUUUAAUAAAGCUGAAAAUUUAUUAAUUACUGGUAAUUAAUAAGGUUUCAUACAAGCAUAUAAACUAGAUUUUAUUAGAGGCUAGAUCUUUUUGAUAAAUGAAAUUAAGAAAAGUCAAAAUUUUGUCUAUUAAGUUAGUUUUAAUAAAUCUGAAAAUAGAUUAGUAGCUUGUACUAAGGAUGAAUUAAUUUUGAUUUUGAAUAUAGGUUAUGAUGGAGGAUUGACUAUGUUUAAAUUAAUAAAGAGAAAUAAAUUUGCUUGUCGUAUUAUCUUUUUAGAUGAUGAAAGAAUACUUUUGGCCUAAAGGUAAGCUUUGAUUGAAUUAUAAUUAUAAAAUGAUACAAUAUAAGAAACAAUAAUUCAGGAAACUGACUCAGAUAAAGAUUGGUAUUAAUUUCCAAUUUAAUAUAAUUAAGCUUAAGAUGUGAUAGUAAUAAAACAGAAUAAAUAUAUUUAUAUAAUAAAAGAAUUAAAUAAAGGAAAUUAUUUAUUGUAACAAAAAUUAGAUUUCGAUUCUAUUGAAUUAUUUGGAACUAUAUCAAAUUGUGGAAUUUAUUUAAUCACUUGGAAUAAUUAGAAAUUAUAAACAUACAUGUUACUUAAGUGA